AUGCUGGGCGACAGCGAGUACCACUUCUCGUGGCGCCAUGACGGCAGCAAAACCUACACGUGGGAUGGCGCCAACCAGUACUGGGGCAACCUUGGCUCCGGCUGGCAGGGUAUCAGCAUCGAGACUCGCCAAGAGGACAGUCUCGUCAGAGAGGCGAUUACAGAAGAUCAUCUACCAUGGAUUUGGACCUCAGGUCAAAUCAAGAACCAUGGCUUCGCCUGGGCUUCAGGUGAAGAAUUCGUGGGUCUCAACUGGUCUCACACCGGCGGGAAUCAUCGACCACAACCAGACAACCGAGAGGGAAUGAGAAACUGCCUGGGGGUUCUCAACAACGUCUACGACGACGGCAUCAAGUGGCACGACAUCGCCUGCCACCACGACAAGGCCAUCAUCUGCGAGCGCAAAGUCAGAGUCCAUGGAUGAACACAAAUACACGCACAAACACGGAGAUGCACAUACAUCAAUGUGUAGUGUGUGUAUUUAUAUAUAGAUAUAUGAUAAGCCCAAUACAAACUUAU